AUGGAAGAAACUGAUUACGAUGAUGAAGAUAUCAGAUUACCCGAGGAGGCAACAGGGAGGCCAAUGCCACCCGAACUCCUAGAUAUGUUUGGGAACAAAUCGGCCAGGCACUUGGACUUAGAAGUUUGUAUGGUGUCUUUAUUAGAUGAUAUUAUACUAUCGCUGCAACCUCCUUGCUUUAUUAUUAAUAUACUUUUUUUUAUAGCUGGUCUAGAUCAAUUGGGAGGACCUGAAUAUCUUAAACCAAUAACAGUCAAUCCAGAAGGUGUAUUGUGGGCGUUCGCUCAUGACGGUGAAUGUUCAGAAGAAGUUAACUAG